GAGAAUGCACUGCAGACCGAGCAGCAGCGACGCCUAGUAACUUCUGUUCAAACUGCAGUAAGAAAAUGGCGGAAGAGGUGUCGCUUCGGCCCCAGAGGCAACAACGGCCCUUCGUUCAGAGCGAUGCCGACGUUUUUCGGCGCUGUACGACCAAAUUCUUGAGCCUGGUGCCAGGCGAAGGAGAGGAGUUCAAGAUAGAACUAAACAUAUUGUUGGACGAGCUAAACUCGCUCGACUAUCAGACGCCAAAGUUUGUGGAUGAGAAGCUGGCUUUGGGACUAGUAUGCAAGGCCUGUGAAUUGGUCCCUCUUAACUAUGAGCUCCUGGUGACAAAAGUUUGCCAUCUACUCAGGCACCUGGUGGGCUUCAGUGGACAGCAAGUUCUGCUGCAGGGCAGAUCGCUGGACACAUGUGUGGAGUAUGUGAUGCGAGCGGUGACAGUCUGUAGACCCUGGACUCUGCCAGACAUACUCAGGACUCUGGCACAACUACUGUACCAGAGGGGACCUGCUGUCUCCAUGUACAUAGACCAGCUGAUCGGUCCAGAAGGGUUGUUGAUGCAGUUUGUACAACCAGAGUAUCCUGACCUGGACAUCAAGAGGGUUGCAAUAGCCAGCGUGUACAACCUCUGCUUACGGAAUCCAGAGGGUCAGACCAUUUCUGAUGAAUACCUGAGAAAAGCGUACACCAUUCUGAUGGCAGUGCUACAGACACCCAAACCUCAACAAGUGGACGACAUCUUGUUUGCAAAGCUGAUCCUGAGCACCCUACAAGGCAUGAGGAACCUGUUGUCUGUGAUGACAGACGUUGACCCGGGCAGUCUGGGGUCUCUUCUGGCAGUCUGCAGAGUGUACAUGUUGUAUGGCUUACCUGGGCAGACUCUCCAGGUACCUGCCACCCUCUACCCCACACCUGUCUCACAGUACGACCCCAGUCCUAAGAGAUCCACAACCAAGGACAGGGACUCUGACAAAGAGGAGUCCCCAGCUCAGUCUACUCCCAGGGGAAGAAAAGUGAAGAAGAAGAGACAGAGGAAACAGCAGACAGAGCCUGACACGGCCAGGUCUGAUGUACGACCCCCACACAACCCCCCCUCCAGGUCUCCUGCCGGCAGGGGCCCCCCUGUCAGCACACCCCCCAGGAGUCCAAUCAAGGCACACGACAGGCACAGGAGAGAGAGAGGAGACAGUACUGGAGGUUACUCCUCCUCAGAAGGCAGUGACUACAGGACCAGCUGGAGAGGACUGGCCAGCAGCUCUGAGUCGGAGUACUCUGACAACGAGGCAGGACAUCUUACCAGACUAAGGUCCAUCCUGUCUCGAGUGCGAGAGGUUGCCCUGAACUGUCUCCACAACACGGCACAGAUGACUGACAAGAGACUCAUGUUUGGGUACUGGUCACACCUCCUCCCAGAAUGCAGCAGUGUCGGGGCGCCACAAGCUCCAACUCUCUUCACAAGUAUACUGAAGGACCCAGCACCGAAGGCACGUGGGAAUGCCCUGUUGGUCCUGUCCUCUCUAGUUGAUGGAAGCAAACAGUAUCUGGCUGCCGCUGAAGAAACAGCCCCCAAACAGACAGCGUUCACCCCCUACUCCGUGACUCUGGGCUCCACAGUGAAGGAGAUCCACCGUUGUCUGCUGCUGGCCCUGGCAGCUGAGAGCAAUUUUCAUACACUCUUCUAUCUGCUCAAGUGCUUUGCGACGUUGAUUCCCAACGUGCCUUACCACCGACUACAGCCUGGUCUUCUCACCAAGGUGGUACGGCAGAUAAGGCCACUGCUCAGCCAUAAAGAGUAUGAUGUCCAGGUGGCAACCCUAACCUGUUUCCACUCCAUCCUGUCUGUGCAGGCACCACUCAAAGAGGUAGAACAAGUUAUGCAGGCAGUCAGUUCAACACCACAUAGCCAGGCAAAAGUCCCCCCUAUGCUGUCAGCAACGCCAAUAAAGCACAGGACAGACCCAGAGCAUAAAACAGUACCUCAGAAAGCUGACAACCACACAGAAAUAGUACAAGAGUCAAUCAAAAACAUGAAUGUUGAUAGCAGCACAGAAACAGCCGGACAGGAUUCAACUGUAGAGCAAGGAGCAUCGUCCAAAGAAAAAGGAAAAACACAGAUAAGACAGGAAAGUGAGAGUGGAGGAGUGUCCUCUAAGGUGUGGCUGCUGGACUGGUGUUUAAGGAUGGUCAGUCUCAGACACGCCCAGGUCACGGGGUCAAACCUUCCCAUCAUUCCUGUCAGGACAGAGGCCAUCCAGGUCAUGACCCAGAUGGCAAAGGGCUACUUCAUGUUUAUCAGACCUCACCUUACGGAACUGUCCCAGGUAUUCUGUGGGAUUCUACAGGAACAGAACACAGCACUACAGCUACAGGGAGGAAAGUUUGUAGAAGAAGUUGGUGCAGUCCUGGUGAAAGAGGUGGAGUGUUCAGCCCUGACAGACCGUGAGGCUGCAGACUUCUGGCUGCCCCUGCUGAACGGCCCUCUCCCCUCAGCACUACAGAACCUGGACCACACCUUACUCAGGAGCUGUGGCUGCCAGUGUCUGGCCAACACCGGGGCACAGGUCUUCCAACUCUUACCUACUGACAAACACAUCCUAUGCAUCACCCUACUGCUGGGGCUGACCAAUGAUGAAGAGUGGAGUGUGAGGGGAGCUGCCAUCCAUGCACUGGGGGUGUAUGUGCUCUACCCCUGUCUCAAGGAGGAUAUUUCGUUCCUGGCGGACGUUGCGCAGGCCUGUACGCUCGGUCUGGAGGAGAAGAACCUCAGCUGUCGGUGGAAGGCCGCCUGGUCGCUAGGCAACCUCAGUAACACCAUCGUUAGUAACAGGGAUGAGCUAGGGACAGAGUUCACGGACAACUUCUCAGACGUCCUUCUGCAGAGCUUGUUUAACCUUGCUCUGAAGGGCGCUGCUGACCAUGACAAGGUCAAAUCCAACGCUGUCAGGACUCUGGGGAACCUGGUCAGGUUUCUCAGGCCCGAGGCCUUUGACAAGAUCAACUUCCGACAGUAUGUGGAACAGACAGCCCAGGUCCUGACCAAGUGUGUGAAGACUGGCAUGGCCAAGGUGCGCUGGAAUGCCUGCUAUGCUGUGGGGAACAUGUUUAAUAACCCUGCCCUGCCCCUGGGUGUGGCACCCUGGGCUCCUGCUUUGUUCACUGCCCUGCAAGAGGCCAUCAAAGACUGCAAGAACUUCAAGGUUCGAAUCAAUGCCACCCUGGCCCUUACCGUCCCAACCAAUCGGGAGUACUUUGGGAGUAAGGAGCAGUUCUGUGAGCUGUGGGGAUGUCUGGCUGAUGCCCUAGUCGGUACAGAACGUGUGGAGGACUUCAGUGAGUUUAAGUACAGGGAUACACUGAGGGAACAGCUGUGCUGUAGCCUGGUGCAUCUGACUGGACUGACUGGCAAAGAGGACCUACCCGGACUGCACUUCCACCUUCAGGACAAGGGGGAGCUGCUACACACAUACCUGACCAGGUACAGGGAGAGUUUGGAACAAAAAGGUACAACAGAGACCCUGAAAAAAGUGGAUGAGCUUGUCAGAGCACAGGAUCACAUUCAGCAGCUAGCAGGACAAGAACUGGCAGACAAAGAGGCAACCAUUUGCCAGAACCUGUCCACCAUCUUUGCUGAUGAUUUGACACCUGAGCUCCAUGAUUUGACGCCUGAGUGAUGAAACGUUCUAUGAUCGGUUUUCCAACAUUGGCAUUGAACAUACAAGUGUCCUCAAUUCAAGUCUUACUGUAUUGUGUACUAGAAAGUUGGAUCACUAAAGAUCGCCAAAGUCUAAAAAAAAAAGAUAAUCCCUGCCUACCAGCCUUAAUUUUUUCAGGACUGGAACAUUUUUUUCCUAGGUCUAACACAAACAGCUGCCUUCAAAUUGCUUGUGCCACCAAUGAUAAUCUAAAAUACAAUGGUGAAUGCAUUUUUUUUUCACAUGCGCAAGACAACUGUCAAAACUGUUGAAUCAUCAUUGAAUAAUCAUUUACAGUUUAAAUGGUUCACAGACUUUCUGUUACAUUUGUUAAAGAUGAUCAGGAUUUGAUGUCCUAAUGUGACCCUGUGUGGCUAGGGUUGUUAACAUCGAUUUUGGAGCUUCAGGGCACCUUGCAUAGAAUGUGCCUUCUGAUUAUAAUUAUAUAGAUCCAGACACUACUGUAACAUUGGAA